AGAUAGACACGCACGUGGACACUAGCACUUGGCUUUGGCUUUGGCCAGUUUGGAGUUCGAAGUUUAGAAACAGAAUCCCUAGAUACACUUUUUGGUUUCUGCCCCUCCAAUCGCCGCUGCACCACAUUUUUGGGCCAAAUCUUUCCCAACCUUAAUACUCUACCUUUCAGUUGGUUAUUUUGCAUAAUUGCUGGUCCGGGACUUAUGGAUUCAGAAUCUCCUCCUGAGGAAUCUAAGAAAAUCGUAAAUUCUGUAGUAAAAUCAGAUGAGGUUUGUCAGAUGGAAACUCGGGAGAAUCUUACUGAGGCGCCAGCGGUUCUUGAUGGUACUGUUUCACUAGGUCCUAUCACUCCUGAUUCAGAUAGAGAGAUUGGGGAUUUCUCCAUUGAUUCUAACAGUAACAGCAAUAGAGAGGAUGACCCGUCUGAUGAUAGUAGCCCCCGGACGCCAAAGGAUGGUGUUUUCGACCCAUUUGCCCCGGGUCCUGAUGACAAGGCAUUGGCUCCUCUAUGUAAUAAGUACCUCCAGGAGCCUAAGGGCAUUGUUGCACGCCGCCUUGAUUUUCAUUCUUCUGUCGUAGCUGUGGAAGCUGGGGAUUGUGGAGAUGGUGCUGAGCCCCUUUCGGAUGAAGAGAUGUUCGAAUCGGUUUAUGAGAAUCUCUUGGAAGCUAUACUCUCAAAGCAGACCGAGGAUGUUGCUUCUGAAAUUUCAAAUGUAUAUUUGGAUUCUGAUGGUUGUAGAACACCACCUUUUGCACCACGUUUAACUGGAAUUGCUGAUACUUGUCCUGGGCCUCCCAUCAAGCCUGCUGGGCAAUCAAGGAACAUUGAUUUGGGCUUAUGUAGAAAGCUUGAAUUCUGAUGUAGAUGGCCUCUUGUGGUGAUUAUAAUGCAGGGAAUAUCACAGACCCUUGGUAACUGAUCUUUCAUAGAUGCAUAUGGGCUAGCUUUACAACACCCCAACAAUUUUGCCUUUAAAUUAUAGUAACUUGGGGUUCUGAAAGAAUAUGGUUUAAUAGGAAAUAACUGUCUGACCAAGUUUAGACUGUAGUAGUCACAUUGUAUAGCAAUUUCUUUCAUUAAUUUUAAGUUAAAAUUAGCUUGCCUUCCA